GUACUCGGUGACCUAAGUUUGUUAGGCGGCCUAAACAAACUUGCUGUUCUUCUUAUUAAAGGGUAGUCAGGAGACUGGUGUUUGAUUUACUUUCCCAGGAGUUUUCCUAAUGAAUUCUGCGAUUCGCUUGUAGUUAUAGUCCAUAAAUUGUUCUUAACUUGCUUCUUGGAGUAAGUGGAGUCUGACUGAAGGAUGCAUCCUUUUGAGUACAUAUACUCAAAAGUAACACGCUUGGAAAUUUUAGGUCUCACAUAAUUCACCUUCCUAACCAAUGAAAGGUUGUCUCAAACUAGUAUCAAACUUUCUUCGAUUAGAAGUAAGAGACACCGAAGCAUGGCAAUUAAGAUUUGAUUGCAUGUAUAUCUACUGGGCUUAAGCUGUCCAAAUCUGUUAGCGUCAUACGAAUUCAUUGACUAUAACACUUAUUUUUAUAUUGCAUGAUACAAAUUUUUCGUUAUCAUCUGGUAACUAUUUGCUUUAGUCAAUAGUGUUUUUUAAGUGGCUUACAGAGGUUUAUGUUUAACUUACUGGUCCUCAACAGACACUUGGUGCUUGUAAUCCAUACUAUAACACUAGACAAUCAAUAGAACUCGUGAAAUCAAUCGACUGUAGAUUUCAUUUAUCACAUUUCUCGGUUUCUAUGUCUCGUAUCUAGUCACAAUGCCUCACUUAUUUGUCUGCUUUCUGUCAGUGAGACUAUAAUUUAUGGACGACCUUUGAGCGACAUCGAAGGGACCUUAAGAACGGACGCCUGAUUAGGACUAAAUCAGGGUUAUAAACCAGUUAGAAUUAUGAAUUACAGUUGAUGAUCAGGUUAAAAUUAGAUUUAGGGUUAUCAUCACGAACUGACAUAAGCUAUAAUGCCAAAACUAUAUUUAGCCAAAUGUAUAAAUGAAUUUCGCGGCAAAAUCUAAGAUCUGUUAUCUUACACAUGAUUUUUUUGUCCUUAAACUAUGGUCUCCCCUAUCCGUCUUUUUAAAAAUAUUUUUCAACCACGUUUUCUUUCCACUUCCAUUUUCGAAAUAUGGUUUGACGUUUAUCCUACAAUCAGAGUUUCCUUACCGGAACCACAUUUAAUAAAUUAGGAAUCGAGUACAUUGCGCAUGUGAAUUUUAACCUGUUCACUUUCCUUGACAUUUUAGAAUCUGUUUAAAUCAUCAAGUUGUCAUUCCAAACGUUUAUCAUCUUAGAAUAAUGGCCACCGUGUCUAAACACAAGAAAGUGAGAAUCAUGAAGCAGAAGUUAAAACUUUUCCGAGCCAAUGAACCAUUAAAGAGUGUACUGAUGUGGGGCAUAAAUUAUUCGUUUUCUGCUUUAAAUCAUGUUAAGCAACGUGCACUGUUAUUGAAAGACGAUUUCAAAGCAUAUAUGAAAGUGAAGGUUAAUAACCACCAUUUUAACAAGGAGAAUAUGCCAAGUAGAUUCAAGUUUAAGGAGUACUGCCCAAUGGUGUUCAAGUCAUUGCGAGAUCGGUUUGGAGUUGACAAGAUGGACUAUUGGGACUCUUUCACCAGACACCAACCAUUGUGGGAUAGUACACGUGGGAAAUCUGGAUCGAAAUUUCUAGUCACGUAUAACCGACAAUUUGUGGCCAAAACAAUCAGUUCAGAAGAAGUUGAACAAAUGCAUCAAAUGUUAGAAGAAUAUUAUUCCUAUAUUGUCAAAGGACACGGUCAAACACUGCUUCCUCAAUUUCUUGGACUUUAUCGACUUACAGUGAAUGAUCAGGAGUCGUAUAUAUUAGUAAUGAGAAAUGUGUUCAGCCCAAGACUUGCGAUUCACAAGAAAUAUGAUUUGAAGAAUAUUCUGUAUUCAAGUCAUCAUGUGAAGCGUUCUGUAAAUAUUCACUCCUUCGUCGCUCAUGGGUCGACUCAAUUGUCGAGUUCCAAGAUCAACAUUAAUAAUGCUGUGACAGUUUUAGAAAAGGAGCACAAACGUCGUCUACGGAUUAAAAAGCAUUCGUUUCAAAGUACCACAGGUUCGAAGCCUUUACCGACUCUGAAAGAUGCAGAUUUUCUCACAGAUUUGUGCAAAAUGCAUAUUGGUGAAGAGUCUAAAAAGAAAAUGUUAAGUACUCUGGAAUGUGAUAUACAAUUCUUACAGGAGAACAAUUUGAUCGACUACAGCCUUCUCAUUGGGGUGCAUGAUCCUGGGAUUGCACUGGCUAGUUCACUUGAGGAUGCCGGUGAUGAUGGUGAAGGGACUGGUGGUGCUGGGGUUGGUGGAUGUGUGGGUGCGGGUGUUGGUGGAGGUGGUGGUGGUAGUAAUAGUGGUGUGUUGGAACCUAACAGUCGGGGCUUCGAUGAUAGGAUGGUGUCUGCAGGUGACGGUCUUGGAUCACUUAGCUCACAAUGGCAAUGUGGUCGUUUGUCGAUGGCCAGAUCGAGUAUUGUGCUUGGUCUGAGCUCGUCAGCAGCUGUUGAGGCUGCUAGUUGUGGUGUUGGUGGUGUCGGAGUUGGCUUUGGGACUGGGAAUGCGAGCACAGGUGAUGAUGACGAUGAAGAGGAGGACGGGAUCAGUAUACCAGAGAAUAAUGCACAACUCCCUACAAGUGAAUUAACCCCACCCGAUAGUCCACCUGGUGCAGAAUGUCUACCUCAAUUAUUCUCAGGUGAAUUGCAUCCUACUUUAGAACAUUAUGGAAUCAAAAGUUCAAUUGAUUCUCCUCAUCCACUGAUUUAUUUUGUGGCUAUUAUCGACAUACUAACUCGUUAUGGGAUGCGUAAACGUACAGCGCAAACUUACAAAACAGUGAAACAUGGUGCUGAUGGUGGCUCUGUGAAACCGGAAUUCUACGGUCGUCGUUUAUUGGAAUUUGUUGAACAGUGCAUUGACUGAGGAGAAUGAGGAGUCUUAUUGACCUGUGUAUGAAUGUACGCGUCGUUCUUUCUCUCUCUCUCUAUUUAUUUAUCUAUCUUACUGUGUAUGUAUAUAGUUUGCUGUAUCCAGUUCCUAUGUGUUUGUAAAUAAAUUCGUGCAUAUCUGACUAUUCAACUAUCCAUCUGUACACAUAGGCUGUUAAUGCGUGCAUCCACACAUACAUACAUGCAUUUAUAUAUGGACACAAACACGUACACAUACACACACACACUCACAUACAGUAUGCAUAAAUAGAUGGGCAUGGGCGUGUUGCUCUUUGUGGUUCCAGUGUGGAAGAAUUGUGAUCAGAAAGCUUGUUCCUUUUGUUUUGUUACAUUUUUCUUCUGUUGAGUACUUGUUUCUCUUUUUUUGAUUACUUUGUGGACACUUUGGAGUGUUCAACGUGUAUGUGACUUUUCAUUGAUUAUACUGUUUCUUUGAAGAAUACUGACUGUGAUGUUUGGAUAGUUGUUGAAGGUGGAAUGAUGUUGGAUGUGAUAUUAUAUGGUUAGCUUAGUGUUGACUAAUUGUAAGCAGUGUGAUUGUGUUUAUUACAUGACAAUUUACUAUUAUGAAAAUGAAUAAUCAAUACAUUGGUGUUGUUUUAUGUUGAGAUUAGCCGACUUUAGACUUACAGUUUUUGGUGUAAGAAUAUUAUAUGAUAUUACAAUAUUGUAUGGUUGUUAAUUUCUUUCUAUUUAAUAUUCCGUCGUAGUUUUGUGUUUGAAUGUUACUUUUUUCUCCUGACUUCUUCGUUGCAUUAAUAAUCAUAUAAAGCGUCUUAUG